AUGAUCGUGAACACCAUCAGGUUUCAAUGCAGAGCUCCUUCGCGAGACACGCUCAUAUAUUCCAAGCCAUACACUAGGAGGAUAGACAACUUGAGGAUGCCGACCAGAAAUCAACCCCCCAAAUUCCAACAAUUUGACGGAAAGGGCAACCCAAAACAACACGCUGCACACUUUGUCGAAACAUGCAACAAUGCUGGGACAGAGGGUGACCACUUGGUGAAACAAUUUGUUCGUUCCUUAAAAGGAAAUGCAUUUGAUUGGUAUAUAAACUUAGAGCCUGAGUCCCUCGACAACUGGGAUCAGGUGGAGCCGGAAUUAUUAAAUCGAUUUUAUAAUAGUCUUCGCACUGUGAGCAUGAUGGAAAUCAGAAAUACCAAGCAUGGAAAGAUGAACCCAUUGUCAAUUUCAUCAAUCGAUGGCUCUCGUUGUGGCUGGAUUGCAAGGACAGGCUUUUGGAGAUAUCGGCAGUUUAGAUGUGCAUUCAAGGGAUGCAUUGGGGAGUUACUCUACAUUCUACGAGGGAUUAAACCCUGCAAAUUUGAGGAGCUAGCCACUCUUGCCAUGAUUUAG